CACGCACGACCGGAAGUUUCUGUCCGCGGCUUUGCGGGGAUAGGGGAGCCUUCGGGCUGCAGUCAGGAAGUCCAGGUGCGGAAACGCUGGGGCUUAGGAGGCAGCUAGGGGCGUUAGGGAGACCCAGGCGGAGAGACACAGGCGGAGCCCGACCUGACUUGGGCCACCCUCGCCCUCGCGGUCGGCCUCUUCACCCCGCCCCCACUAGGGGCUGAAGUGGCUCCGCCCCCUGAUCUGAGCCUGGUUCCCCGUCAGGCACUGACCCUUGACCUCGGGGCGCUCCCCCAUCUCUCAGGCGCGAUGGCUACAGGCGCGGAUGUGAGAGACAUUCUAGAGCUCGGGGGUCCAGAGGGGGAUGCAGCUUCCGGGACCAUCAGCAAGAAGGACAUUAUCAACCCGGACAAGGUGCCGGUUUGUUCAGGGACUGAGCUGGGCUAAAGAAUUUUCAGGGAAGGGAGUCUAGGCUGUGGUUCCUCUCCUGUGGUUUCCCUUCCCAGAAAAAGUCCAAGAAGUCCUCCGAGACCCUGACCUUCAAGAGGCCCGAGGGCAUGCACCGGGAGGUCUAUGCACUGCUCUACUCUGACAAGAAAGAUGCGCCCCCACUGCUACCCAGUGACACUGGUCAAGGCUACCGCACAGUGAAGGCCAAGUUGGGCUCCAAGAAGGUACGGCCCUGGAAGUGGAUGCCCUUCACCAACCCGGCCCGCAAGGAUGGAGCCAUGUUCUUCCACUGGCGACGGGCCGCUGAGGAGGGCAAGGACUACCCCUUCGCCAGGUUCAAUAAGCCAGUGUAUCCACCUGCAUGUGGACACCUCCCCCUGGAUGGCUCACAGGCUUCUCAGACUCAGCACAUCCAGCUGUGACUCAUCACUCUCCCCCACGUCCCCCGGCUGGUUUUCUUCCAUCUCACCUCCAUCCUUAGGCCCAUCAGGUCCAGUAGAGGGAGAGCCUGGAGAUAAAAGAUUGAGAAGGGAGAACCAAGAGACUGUGCAGGUGCCCGUGUAUUCAGAGCAGGAGUACCAGCUCUAUCUUCACGAUGAUGCUUGGACAAAGGCAGAAACUGACCACCUCUUUGACCUCAGCCGCCGCUUUGACCUGCGUUUUGUUGUUAUCCACGACCGGUAUGACCACCAGCAGUUCAAGAAGCGGUCUGUGGAGGACCUGAAAGAGCGGUACUACCACAUCUGUGCCAAGCUUGCCAAUGUGCGGGCGGUGCCGGGCACAGACCUCAAGAUACCGGUAUUUGAUGCUGGGCACGAGCGACGGCGGAAGGAACAGCUGGAGCGUCUCUAUAACCGGACCCCAGAGCAGGUGGCAGAGGAGGAGUACCUGCUACAGGAACUGCGCAAGAUCGAGGCCCGGAAGAAGGAGCGGGAGAAGCGCAGCCAGGACCUGCAGAAGCUCAUAACGGCGGCAGACACCACUGCCGAGCAGCGACGCACAGAACGCAAGGCCCCCAAGAAGAAGCUCCCCCAGAAAAAGGAGGCCGAGAAGCCGGCUGUUCCUGAGACCGCGGGCAUCAAGUUCCCAGACUUCAAGUCUGCGGGCGUCACGCUGCGGAGCCAGCGGAUGAAACUGCCAAGCUCCGUGGGACAGAAGAAGAUCAAGGCCCUGGAACAGAUGCUGCUGGAGUUGGGUGUAGAGCUGAGCCCGACGCCCACGGAGGAGCUGGUGCACAUGUUCAAUGAGCUGCGGAGCGACCUGGUGCUGCUCUACGAGCUCAAGCAGGCCUGCGCCAACUGCGAGUACGAGCUGCAGAUGCUGCGGCACCGGCACGAGGCGCUGGCCCGGGCUGGUGUGCUGGGGGGCCCCGCCACACCGGCUUCGGGCCCGGCCCCCACCCCGGCGGAGCCAGCAGUGCCCGAACCGGGUCUCGGCCCCGACCCCAGCAAGGACACCAUCAUCGACGUGGUGGGCGCGCCCCUCACGCCCAAUUCGAGAAAGCGACGGGAGUCGGCCUCCAGCUCCUCUUCUGUGAAGAAAGCCAAGAAGCCAUGAGAGGCCAUACGGGUGUGGGAGGCUGCUGUGUAAAUAGAGCUGCUGAGUUGGACUGG